AGUCGCACAACCAACGUCAAAAAGUAACGACGUGUUGUAAUUUAUACUACGAGAAAACACAAUUUGUUAACUACAAUAUAUUCUAAAUAAAAUUUAACACACCAUAAAUAUAAAACUAAUUUUUUUAAUAUUAAAAAAAAACAAAAAUUUUAUUUAAAUAAUUUACUUAAUUACAUCGUAAUAAUUUAUUGUAAAAAAAAAAAAAUUAAAGUUUUUUUAUUAAUUGUUAAUUUAUACAUAUUAAAAAAUUAAUAAUUAAAUAUUAUUGUUUUGUUAAAAGUGUUUAAAGUCAAUUUAAAUUAAAGUGAAUUGUUUUUUUUUUUAUUGAAAAUUUAACAGUGAAUUUUAAUUGUACUUUUCGUUUGAAGUUGAUUAAAUAUAAACAAUGAUAAAAUUUUUUUUCAUGUUUGUAUGAUUAUAGAGACAAUUUGUGAAUUUAAAAAAAAUAUAAUUUUUUUGUUAUUAGAUAUUGUAGAGAGAGUUAUAUAUUGUACCACAAGUGGUAUCUCUAAUUAACGAAUUUUCAGAGCUUAUUGAAUUUUAUCCAUGUGCUACACCUCCGGCUAAUAUAAUAUUAAACGUGAUUUAAAAACUUUACUAGAUGAUACUGAUAAUUCAAAAAUAAGUUAAUUUAGUAAAUUAUUAAUAAUAAAUAAUAAUCAAGUAUAACAAGUAGCAAAUAAAAUUAAAAAUAAAACAUGAAAAUUAAUUUAUCCAUCAAUUGAUCUACAAGUUCAAUGAAAAAUGGACGGAUUUUUCACUGAAAAAGAUGAGCCAAGUAUAUUCAAAAAUAACCAAAAAAUUACAAAAAAAAUCCAGAGGAUUAAAGUGAAUAAUUGGAGUUACAGUAUAAAAUUCAAGUGGUGAUUAAAACUUGAAAAAUAAAAAAGAUAAUAUUUCGUGGAUAUUUUGAGUUGAAAAUUCAAAGGGAUAUUGAAGAUAUUGUUGAAGAAAAUAUAAAAAAUAAAAUAAAAAAUAAACAAGUGGAAUAGAUAGAUGCUUGGGUUGCCGGGCAAAAACGAGAGGUGGGCAUUCAGCCAAAUAUCAAAGAAGAAUGACAUAGGGGUGUGCAAAAGGGGCGAUUGGGAUGCUCCGGGUUAUUGGUUAAGAUCGUAUGGAGGGGAAGGACGAAAUAACGGAUACAACUUGGCAUCAAAAUUUCACGACGCCGAUUACAACACAGGAACCCGAUUAUUUUUUCCGGGGAUUUCCCGGAAAACAUUCUUCCUAUACAACAACUCAGGCAAUUCUUAUGGCCUUGGUACUCGGAAUAAUAGUAAUUGUGACAAUAAUUGGAAACAUAUUGGUGUGUGUUGCGGUAUGUCUUGUACGAAAAUUACGUCGACCAUGCAAUUAUUUACUAGUAAGUCUAGCAGUAAGUGAUCUCUGCGUAGCACUACUCGUAAUGCCAAUGGCUUUAUUAUACGAGGUAUUAGGAAGUUGGGUAUUUGGACCAAUACUAUGUGACCUAUGGGUGAGCUUUGACGUAUUGAGCUGUGCAGCAAGUAUACUAAAUCUCUGCAUGAUAUCAGUUGACAGAUAUUAUGCAAUAACAAAGCCACUGGAGUAUGGUGUAAAACGUACACCUAAACGAAUGAUAAUAUGUGUUGGUCUUGUGUGGCUUGGUGCAGCUUGUAUAAGUCUACCACCACUUUUAAUACUUGGUAAUGAACACAGAUAUGAUAUGGGUGCUUGGCAUUGUGACGUAUGUCAAAAUUCAGGAUAUCAAAUUUAUGCAACACUUGGUAGUUUUUAUAUACCGUUAUUUGUUAUGAUUCAGGUGUACUACAAAAUAUUUUGUGCAGCACGUAAAAUAGUACUGGAGGAAAGACGUGCACAGAGUCACUUGGAUGUACAUUGUCAUCUUGAUAAAGAACCAGUGAUCCAUCAAACAAGUACUUUGAACAAAUCAUUAAAUUCAGAUAGUCAAACAGCUCAAAGUAGUCCAACAAUAAAACAGCAUCGUAGCUCGAGUGCCUCAACUACGUGCAGUGGUCAUGGAGUAAAAUGUUUUCAAGGUGGUCCAAGAAAAAGCAACGAAUCACAAUGUCCAAUGUUACUAAAGCCAGAUAAACAUAUGAAAACAACAAAUAAAAAAAAAUCAACAAUUGUUAGAAAUCAUUUAAAUAGUACAUGCAGUGUAACAAGUUCACCACAUCAAAAAAAAUUACGUUUUCAAUUGGCUAAAGAACGUAAAGCAAGUACAACAUUGGGUAUUAUUAUGAGUGCAUUUACAAUAUGUUGGUUACCAUUUUUUGUACUUGCAUUAUUACGUCCAUUUGUAAAUGAUUCAAAAUUAAUACCAAAAUCAUUAUCAAGUUUAUUUUUAUGGUUGGGUUAUUGUAAUAGUUUAUUAAAUCCAAUAAUAUAUGCAACAUUAAAUCGUGAUUUUCGUAAACCAUUUCGUGAAAUAUUAUUUUUUAGAUGUGGUAAUUUGAAUCACAUGAUGAGAGAAGAAUUUUAUCAAAGUCAAUAUGGUGAUCCAGUUAAUAAUUACGUUAUAAAAUCAUCAAACAAUGAUGAUAAUGGUGAACGUCUUGAAAAUCAUAACGACAUUAUUGAUGUAUCAUUAAAUGUACCAGCAAAUGAAAGUUUUCUAUGAUUAUAAUUUAUUUUAAUUAUUUAAUCAUUAAAAGAAUAUAAUAAUAGUAAUCAAAAAUAAGAUCAUUUUUACUUGGAUAUACAAGGAUAAUAUUGUAAAUGUCAAUUUCGUAUUUUUUGGAUUAUCCAUUUGGGAUAAUACGUGACAUGAAUGAACUCUGAGAUUGUCAAUGUUAUGUGUAGAGAGAGGUCAAAUGCAAUCGACCAAUGGAUCCUGAUGGGGUGACAAGCAAACACUUGCUGACCUGAGGUGUGUUGAACUACUAUCCAUCAAACACUCUCAGUUUGGCUCAAUGUGUAUAUAUACAAUAAAAUCCACGAUGAACAAAAAUAAUAACCAAGCAAAAAACUAGGAAAAAAUUUUUAAAAGAAUUUUCUUUUUGCGUUGUAUUAAAUUUUAUUAUAUAUAAAGGUAUUGUUGAAAAUUAAAAUUAACUAAAUGUUAACGAAAAAAUAAUAAAAUAUUAUGUCUAAAAAAAAAAGGAGAGACUGAGUCAACUGGACAACUUGAAUCAGCCAAAAAAUAUAUUUAAAAAAAUAAAGAUAUUGUUUUGUUUUGUGGAUGAUUAAUUGUUCCGGAAAUAAUAAAUAAAUUUUAAAUAAUUAAUAAAAUUAAUGAAAUUAAUGAAAUUAAUAUACACGUAUUUAUUUGCGUUGAUUAUAAUGCUAAAAUUAGUUGAUUGUGCAAUUGAUAAAUAUAUAAAUAACGAAAAUUAAUUAUUUAAAAAAAUAGUUAUAUUAUUAAUAAGGCAAUUGAUAUAAAAAUUAAUAAUAUAUUAGUCAAAUGGCGUAGUGGACAAUCGCUAUGAAAAGGAAAAAAAUAAAAAAAUACGUAGUGUAAUUGAAAAUAUUAAAUUUCUAUUGAGACUGUCAUUGAGUAUAAAGAUAAAUCUAUAAUAAUUAUAAUGUUUUUCGAUGAAUAAUAUUUAAUAAAAAAUUGUGAAUAAUGUUACAGAUGAAAUUAUAAUUUUUAUUAUUUAUCAUAUAAUUAAAUUUUAAAAAUAUAUAUAUUUAUUGUUUUAUUCUAUGAAUAAAGAUAAAUAAAUAAGGAGGAAACUAAAAGUACAGCUAUGUACACUUUGCCAAGAUGAAAAAAAGA